GCAUGUUGUGUGAACAUUACAUAUAUAAGACCCUCUUUGAGUGACAGUAGAACACACACCAAAGUUUAUCAUCAGACUGGUUCAUGUUCAGGUAUAGCCUAUAUGGAGGACAUGAAACAGUCUCCUACUAUUAUCAUUUUGUUUUUACGUGUGUGUGGUCUGAAGUGAAUUACAGAGCAGAGGGGUUAUAUGGCAGAAUAAUAGCACACAUUUUAAUGAGGAAGCAGUUUGCGCACGGAUUUAGGAGAUGAGAGGUCAAAUUGUCAUGUGGAGGAAUGCUGAGGUCAAGAUACGUUCACGGGUGCAAUAAAGUGUGGGCGAUGUGGCCCCUCGGGAAUAAAAAGGGUUUGGGGUGGUGGGCAAAAUAUUUAAAGUAGGCAUAUGUAAGAUAUUUCUACUGAGGCUACUAAAUGAAAGCUCAUAAUUGGUUUCAAAAAAGAGACUGUGCCAUGGAUCAUGUGCUGAACAUUGCUGACCAUUACAUCUUCACUCCGUAUGUUUACCCGGCCUCAUGGCCCGAGGAUGGGGCUCUGCGUCAGAUCAUCAGCCUGUGGGUGGUGACCAACCUGGGAGCCGUGCUGAUUUACCUUGGCUUUGGUGCUCUUAACUUCUACUACGUGUUUGACCAUAAGCUCAUGAAACAUCCACACUUUAUGAAGAACCAGGUGAGAAGAGAGAUUCAACUAUCUACGGUCUCCAUCUUCUGGAUGAGCUUCCCCACAGUGGCCUUUUUCUUCUGGGAGAUCAAGGGAAACAGCAAACUUUAUGACAACAUCAGCGAUUCUUCUCUGGACUGGCCUGGGGUGUUCCUGAGCAUUGCUGGUUUCUUGUUCUUUACUGACAUGUGUAUCUACUGGAUACACCGUUGCAUGCACCAUAAGAACAUCUACAAGCACUUACAUAAGCAGCACCAUAUAUUCAAGAUCCCUACGCCUUUUGCCAGCCAUGCCUUCCACCCACUCGAUGGCUUCCUGCAGAGCUUACCCUACCACGUCUACCCAUUCAUCUUCCCGCUCCACAAGGCGGUCUACCUCUCACUCUUUGUCUUUGUCAACAUCUGGACCAUUUCCAUACACGAUGGAGACUACCGCAUCCCCGGCCCCCUGAUAUUUCUGAUCAAUGGUGCUGCUCACCACGUAGACCAUCAUCUCUUCUUCAACUACAACUACGGACAAUACUUCACGCUCUGGGAUCGUCUAGGGGGUUCCUACCGACACCCCUCAGCCCUGCUGCAGAAGGGGCCACAUGACCAUAUUCGCAAGCUCAUGGCCGAGGCUGCACACACACAGUGAUGAUGGAGCUACAGUCAGGAUUUCCUUUUCUGGUUUGCAGAGAUGUUCAGCCAGGGUUGGGACGUAAGAGAAAAUUCAUCAGAUGCAAAACCAGCCACCAGCAACUCUAAACAAAGCUUUUCCAAAACGGAGAUGUGAAAAUGUUAAAUACAAACAAAUGAAAGCAGAUUUGGAAGGAAUAGUGUUUCCCUUAAAGGAACAGUGUGUAACAAUUAGGGGGAUCUAUUGUUAGGAAUGAAAUAAAAUAUUUAUAAGUA